AUGACAGAUCAAAAAACCAUGAAAGCAGUUGUGUUUCGUGGACCUUUUCAAAUUGAAGUUGAAAAUAAACCAAUUCCAACAAUAACAGAACCGGAUCAAAUAAUUGUAAAAGUAUUAUAUUCAGGUCUUUGUGGAAGUGAUAUGCAUACAUAUAGAGGAAAUGUUGCACCGGGUCCCGUUGGAACCACGGUAGGACAUGAAAUGAUUGGUAUAGUUUCUGAAAUUGGUUCUAAAAUUACAAAUUUUAAAUUAGGUGAUAAAGUUAUUGCAAAUUUUUCAAUUCAAUGUGGUGAAUGUUUUUAUUGUAAAUAUGGUUAUACUGGUCAAUGUAUUAAGACGAAUACAUUUGGUAAAAAGGGAUUAGAUGGUUGUCAAGCUGAAUAUGUAUUAGUUCCAUAUGCUGAAAAUGUAUUGAAAAAAAUUCCAAAUAAUCAACAAGUAGAUGGUUCAGUUUAUUUAUUAAUGGCUGAUAUUUUCACAACUGGAUAUUAUGGAGUUAAAAAAAUCUUGGAUUUCUUCAAAAUUGAACAAGCUCAAGGAUAUCCCAUACAAGAAUUUAAAGAUAUUUCAAUAUGUCAAAUUGGAGCAGGACCAGUUGGAUUAUGUGGAUUACGUAUAUUAAAACAUUUUGGUUUCAAAAAAAUUGUUGUAAUUGAUAGUAUACCAUCAAGAUUAGAAGAAGCCGACAAAUUAGGUGCAUAUAAAACAAUAAAUUUUGAAACUCAACCAAAUGAAUUAAAAAAUUUUAUAAAUACAGAAUUAAAAGGUUUAGGAUUUGAUGCAAUUUUAGAAGUAGUUGGAGCACCAUCAGCUUUAAGAACAGCUUAUGAUGCAGUACGUAGUAAUGGAUUUAUAUCAUCCCUUGGAAUGGGUCAUGGUCAAUUACCUUUUAAUGCUUUAGAAUUGUAUUUAAAAAAUAUUAAUUUAUCGGUUGGUAGAUGUCAUGCAUGGGCUUUAUUUAAUGAAUCAAUGGAAAUAUUUGAACAAUUGAAAAAUACUUUUGAUGGAUUUAUUGAUUAUAAAACUUCGAUAGAUAAUGCUAAAGAAGCUUUUAAAUUAUUUGAUGAACAUAAAGUUAAUAAAGUUGUUUUUGAUUUUACUAAAUAA